GAAAAACCAAUAUUGCCCCUCCGUGUUUUAGUCCGAAUGUAUAACAUUCGGACUCCUCCGAAUUUUCAAAUGUCGGACUCAGUUAAUAAUAGAACAAAACUAUCAAUUCAGAUUCACAUUUGUAACGGGACAGAACAUCAACUCUCGGACUGGUUCAGGAGAAGCGACCCAGAGGCACCCAAAUCGACCCACACAUCACGACCAAAAGCAACCAAGAAUCAUCUGUGAUUCAAAACCGACCACACUGAGAUUAUGGCGAGGACAAAGCAAACUAAGAGGGUAUCGUCUGAAGAGUUGGCCGAUCGUCGUGCCUAUCUCCACGCUUCUCAUAGGCGAGGUGAUCAUGAUACAGAUGUGUCGACUUCUCGGAAGCGGGCUAGGAAGGGGGCUCCGAAGGCGACCACUGAGGUUCCUGCCCCUGCUACUGAGGUUCCUGCUACUCAGGUUCCUGAUACUGAGGUUCCUGCCCCUGCUACUGAGGUUCCUGCUACUCAGGUUCCUGCUACUGAGGUUCCUGCUCUCUCGACGCCUGAGGUUACUGCUACUGAGGUUUCUCCUCAGUCGACGCCUGAGGUUACCGCCCACGAUACUGUUGAGCCUUCCACCUCUUCACUUGAUAUUGAUGCAGUUGAGGAGUCGGAGUCGGAGUCGGAGUCGGGGUCGGAGUCUGAGAUUGAGGGUGAGGAUGUAGAGGUAGAGGAUCCGAAUAUGCCGCCGCUCCAGAGAGAUCCACCGUUUCCUGGUGGGCCGGUUGAGUUGUCACUUCUGCAGCAUUACCCGGAUCACAUAGCGCCGUGGACGUGGCAUACCCUACUAGGCACCACUGACCCUCGUUAUUCUGAGCGAGGUGAUUUGAGGCUUGCCACUGCUGGUACGAAGCUCGGGCUGAUGACGUGUGAGGGGGACAAUUACAGGGAGGUCCGCUUGAUUGUGGAGAGGAGCGGACUGUAUCCACUGGUCAGGUGCAGCUAUGUAGAGACGGAUCCAGGGCUUAUAUCGGCCCUUGUGGAGAGGUGGCACGAGGAGACUAGUAGUUUCCACAUGCCAUUUGGGGAGAUGACUGUCACCCUUGACGACGUCUCCGCUCUUCUUCACAUCCCGGUUGGUGGGAGAUUCUACACUCCAGGAGUGGCCUCGAGAUAUGAUGUGGCAGAGACCUGCGCUUUGCUGUUAGGGGGGGAUGCAGAUUUGUACAUGGCUGAGUUUGAUAAGCUUAGGGGUCCGACUAUGAGGUUCAGCUUCUUGCGAGACCUUUACCCGAAAGCUGUUGCAGAGGGGCGGUACGAGCAUGCAGCCAGGAUGUACCUGAUGCAUCUUGUUGGCGCGACAUUGUUCGCCGACAAGAGUGGGGGGCACUCAUUCUCCGCCCGUUGGAUAGGCAUGCUACAGGAUCUUGAGCGGGUGUCGGAGUUCGCGUGGGGCGCCAUGGCCCUUGCCACGUUGUACGACCAGCUUGGACAGUCUUCUCGCAGCGGGGUCAAACAGUUGGCCGGUUACACUUCCCUGUUGAUGGCCUGGGUCUUUGAGCACUUUCCAGACAGGCUCGUUCGCCGGUAUGCGAACCCGGCUUACACAGAGGACCAGCCCAGAGCUCGUAGGUGGACAGAGUCACGGUCGGGGCAUGCUAGGCUUGACGAGAGGCGAGUACUACUUGAUGAGUUGACGGCCGACGACGUCACUUGGACUCCAUAUGAGGCCCACAGGGAAUGGCGACAGCGGGAUGAGAGGGCUUUGUUCUCAGGCUACAUUCGGUGUCCCUAUCCCCCUGCUGUGCGACCUCAUCUUCCGGAGCGGGUCAUGCGACAGUUUGGGUAUAUACAGACGAUCCCGCGCCACCCUAGUGAGAUGGAUAGAUCUCCCGCAGCUGAGGCUGUUGAUGCGGCAUUCGCAGGUUAUGUGCAGUACUUGUUCCCUGAGGGCGACCCUGCUAUAGAGGAGGGACAGGCUGUGGGCGGUUACAUGGAUUGGUACGCUAGAGUGUCUCAUUGUUUCAUCAUACCGGAUGAGAGGAGGAUUGAUCUCAGUGCCGUGGCUGCUUUGCGUAGGGCUUUAGAAGUCCUUGAGUUGUCACUUGAGGUGGAUGAUGCUUUGCUGCCAGGCACACAGGCCCGCGCUUUAACGGAGAGAGCACUUCGCAUCCUCCAGGACUUGGCUGGGACACAGGGCAUUGCUUACGCUGCUGGGAGAGGAGGUCUGGGAGCAGGUGGCCGAGUAGGUGGCCGAGCCGGCGGCCGAGCAGGUGGCCGAGCAGGUGGCCGGGAGGGCGGCAGGGCAGGAGCCAGGGGAGGUCGUAGGGGCAGUAUGACGAGCACAUUUUUCUAUGAUGAUGAAAUGCUGCUUCUAAAACAAGAUAAUGAUGUCAGUGAAGGAAUGUUGCUUCAACAACAAGAUAAUGUUCAGCCUAUAAGUGUGGAUACCACUCAUUUAUGGUCGACCGAUCAGAUAUUUGAAACUGUUGAUGACCUUAAACAAUGGGCUAAGAAUGUUGGGAAGGACAAUGGAUAUGCGAUUGACCCUAAGUCCUUCAAGUACAACUCCACCGGAUCACAAAAAUGUGAUUGUCCUUUUAAACUUAAAGGACGACCUACGGAGGGUGAUAAAAAUUGGUGGCUGAAAGUGUUGGAAGGGGUACACAACCAUGAACCAGCUGGAUCUUUGGUUGGCCAUUCCUAUGCUGGUCGACUAACAGAAGAAGAGAAGGUUCAAGUCGACAGCAUGAAUAACAAUUGGGUCCCACCGAGACACAUGUUGGCCACUUUGAAGGAAAAUAAUCCGGGUAACUUGUCUACCAUCACUCAAGUGUAUAAUCGCAUCAAAAAAGUUAAAGAAUUAGACCGCGGGCCACUUACAGAGAUGCAAUAUUUGCUGAAGAAGUUGGCAGAAGCCAACUAUGUUCACUUUGAAAGACAUGAAGAAGAUUCGGGUGUCAUUAUGGAACUUUUCUGGGCUCAUCCUAAUGCUAUUAAACUCUUCAACACAUUCCCUCACGUGGUAAUCAUGGAUUGCACAUACAAGACAAACAAAUUUCAAAUUCCAUUGCUUGAAAUGGUUGGCCUCACUUCUACUGGUCUGACUUACUCCAUUGCAUUUUGCUACAUGACUCGUGAGCGCACACCUGACUAUGUUUGGGCCUUGGAGUGCAUGAAAUCUCUACUUGCUGACCCUGCCCGAUUACCUGGAGUGAUUGUGACUGAUAGGGAAUUGGCUUUACUCAGUGCUGUUCGGAAUAUUUUUCCUGAGGCUACCCAUUUACUAUGCCUAUUCCACAUAAACAAGAAUGUUGAGGCAAAGUGCAAAUUGUGGGUUGACACAACGGAUUUUAAAGCCUUAGUGAUGCAAAAGUGGAAUGAAGUGGUAUAUGCGGAAACAACUACACAAUUUGAGGAGGAAUGGAGCGACAUGUGUGAUAUGUGUAAGGAUCAUCCAAGGUUCACAUCGUACAUUUAUGACACUUGGUUGGUUCACAAGGAGAAAUUUGUGAAGGCAUGGACAAACAGAGUGAAGCAUUUUGGAACGACAACAAGUAACAGGGCUGAAAGUGCACAUGCAAGCUUGAAGAAGAUGCUUAGGAAUGGCAAGGGUAACCUGUGCGAUUCAUGGGAAGCAAUUGAUAGGUUGACCAUUGUACGCCACAAUGCAAUACAAGCAUCGUUUGAGCGCAGUAUUAACAUUGUAGAGCACCGUUUCAAGUCUCCAAUGUAUAAGAAUAUGAGAGGAUUCGUUGCUAAACAUGCACUUCACCUAAUGUAUGAUGAACAAAACAGAUUUUGGGGUCAUGGUGAGAAAUGCGGUUGCGUGAUGAAAGUCACUCAUGGACUACCUUGCGCUUGUGCACUUCAGAGUAUUGCCUCAAUUCCGUAUGCAGCAGUUGAUCCAUUCUGGAAGAUACUUUCUUGGGAACAAGUGCCUGUUGUGGAGAGUCAAACCUCAAACAGUGGAUGCAUGCCGCUAGAGAUUGAGGCUUUGUGGGCUCAUUUCAAUACCUUGGAUGAUGCGGGCCAAAGUAUGCUGAGAAGGAAGCUUAAAGAGCUUUAUUGUCCUCAAAUCAGUUCAUUGUGUCCUCCUGAAGUGAAGAUAAAGCACAAUCAAUCGUCCAAGGAGAGGAAAACCAAACCUCCCAGAGGUCAAUCAAUAGGAUCCACCCAGCGUGACCUUUCACAUUGGGAACAUGUUGACAAUCAGACCAAAGAACAAGAAUCGAAAGCUAGCAAGAGGAAACCUAGGCUCACCAAAACUCCUAAAACAACUCCAACAUCGCAAGCUCCUAAGUCAAAGAACAAGAUGGCUAUGACGGCCACCGGCUCCAAAAUCUACUUACCGGAGUUGUCAUCUUUUUUAUGGCCAUAUAUACAUGAAGUGAUAGAUGUUGUCGGGGAUGGUAAUUGUGGAUACAGAGCCGUCGCUGCAUUGCUGGACCUUCAGAACGGUCAGGACGGUUGGCCUCGGGUUAGGGAAGAGCUGAUUGUAGAACUCACACUCUAUGAGAAACACUAUACACGCAUGUGGGGUUAUGAUGUGGUACAAGCCAUGCACAAUCGUCUCACUCUCCCUCCUGAUGGUAGAGCCACUAAAGCCAGAUGGAUGCAUCUACCGGAGAUGGGGUACCUUAUUGCUAACCGGUUUCGGGUGGUUUUCAUCUCCAUCUCGUUAAAAUCUAGUUACACUUACCUUCCGAUGAGAGGAGGCGCCCCACCGUUAGAACAUCCUGUCAUAGCUAUUGGUCAUGUGACCAAUCACUUUGUACAGCUGAAGUUGGUGUCUGGACAUCCUAUGCCGCCAAUUGCUCCCCAAUGGGAAUACAACGUUGAAGAACCCGAGUCCGAAUGGUGUAAACCGUAUAAAGAGCGUUUGGAUAGAUUUAUGGCUGAACACACUGUUUGGAUUGGUCCUUGUGUUAUUACCAACUUUGAUUUAACAGACAUAACAGAAGAUUGAUAAUAUGAUUCAUGUUUGUAAUGUUGUAACCAUGUCUGUAACCAUAUUAUUAGCAAGAAUAUUUUCCUACAUAUAUUAAGACAAUGCUCCA